AUGGUGGGCUUGAACUUCUCUAGCAUUGAAUGGUUUCGAAUUGUACUUGAUGAAGCACAGUGUAGUUAUAUGAAGGAUCCAAAAACCAACAGGAGCAUUUCCCUCUUAGGUUUGAAAGCCCAACGAAGAUUAUGUCUUUCAGGAACACCUUUGCAUAAUCAGCUUGGUGACCUCCACAACUUGAUAAAGUUUCUUCAAAUUGAGCCCUGGACAAACAACUCAAUUUGGAAGCAAUGUGUGGAAGGACCAGUCCUGUUGGGCAAUUCACAAGGAAUCUUGAAAUUACAGAGUAUCAUGAAGGGUAUCAGCAUGAGGCGAUUAAAAACAACUGUUCUUGAUCUUUCUGAAAAAUGUGAAAUUACUGUCCACCUUGAACUUGAAAAACCCUGGAACAUUAGAUACCAGCAGAACCAUGCAGCCUUUGCAGAACAGUUUGGGAAGAAUCGAAUUUCAGUCCAAGGAUGGGACUCAAUCCAUUUUGUUGGGGAGCUAGUCAAUUUACGACAGCUUUGCAAUCCCCCUGCAUUGAUUGAAAAAGAAAAAGGAACAGGAGGAUACUUCUGGAAUCAAAGCUCAAAGAUUGUACAUCUUCUGAAAGAUCUUCCCCUGUUCCUGGCAAGUGGAAAUCAAGCACGGGCAGUAAUUUUCUCAGAGUUCAAGAGGUUUCUCCAAAUAAUUGAAAUAGCUUUGAAUGAGUGGGGAAUCCAAUUUACAACACAUUAUGGAAAGAUGGACAACAAUACUCAAAGGAAAAAUUUGGAAUAUUUCUGGAGGGAUGUAUCAUGUAAAGUACUCUUGGCUACAAUAAAAACAGAGGGUGUGGGGAUAGAUCUUAGAUGUGCACAUAAGGUGUAUUUGAUGGAACCAACUUGGAAUCCUGCAGUGGAAGAGCAGGCAAUAGACAGACUGUACCAAAUAGGACAAAAGGAGAGGGUUCAAGUGGUGAGGCUAAGUGUGCCUCUGUGUGGAAACCUUGAAUUCGAGUAG